AUGAUGGGAUCCUCUGUGGAGUUUGCCUGUUUGCUUCUGGUGGUUUCCACUCUGGAAAACUUGGUGUCUGCGGGUUGUUCGGGAAAAUGCUGCCGGGGCCGAGACCUGAGCUGUCAAACAACUGACUGGAGGAUGGACCGAGUGUAUGGGACAUGCUACUGCGACGAGGGUUGCGUCAGGACCAAGGACUGCUGCUUCGACUACUUGACAGAGUGCCCAGCCCGGGACUGUGCUGUGAGCAACUGGAGCUUUUGGAGUGGCUGUGCCAAGCCCUGCCAACCCUCAGUGCGAGUCCGUGUGCGUCACGUAGAGCAGCAGCCCAGUAACAGUGGAGAGCCCUGUCCCAGCCUUGAGCAAAGGAGCGGCUGCAGGGAGUACAGAGACCACCAGGGCGCCCACUGUGGACUCAACUCUGGUCCCGCUUACAUCACCAGCAUGGAGUUUGGCAAAGGAAGGCCAAAACAUGACCACUAUGGAAACCCCCUGAACCCUGGGUUCUGUGUGGAGUUCAAACUGGAGUUCCGGACGCCCCACUGUACAGUGCAGAACCGGCCACACACACACUGGAUGCGCUACAUUACAGAGGGCUUUAAAGUGUGUGUGGCGUGCGAACCUCCUGCAAUGCGAAACAAUAGCGGCAGCUGCCAAGGAGACGGUCAGGAAUCAGACAAAGAAGCUCUGCUCCACUGGCAGGCGGUGGGGAACCAUCAGUGCAGCGGGACAUGGAAGAAGAUCCAGAAAACCCAGCAGUGCAACUGUCCGCCACAACACAGCUUCAUCUUCAUCUGAUCCAAACAAAGCACCACAGAACAUCCUGUUUCUACAAUAACAUUUCAAAGCUCCCCUCUUCAGAAAGACUGAAGUAUCCGCUCAGAUGCCUCAAUACUGCACGCUUUCAACACUAAGGAAAGACUAAAGACUUGAUGUUGGUGAAAUUUAAUUUUGUCUCUAAUAAAUAUGCAACACACUGAUAUAAAAGCAUGUGGAAAUCACCAUGUACAUUCCCAUUGUUUUGCGUAACUUUGAAGCACACUACGUAAAGACACAGUUGUAACUUUCACAGUAUUUCACCUUUUUUUAGGACACAUUACAUACGUAUCAAAAUUGAUUUUACAUAUUUUAAUGUAAC